GUGACGGCGAUGGCCAUGUCGCUGCAAGAGAACCUGGUGCAGCGCGAGAUCCACCAGGACUGGGCCAACUGCGAGUACAUCAAAGUGAUCACUAGCUCCAUCAAGAAGAUCGCGGACUUCCUCAGCUCCUUCGACAUGUCCUGCCGCUCCCGGCUCGCCACCCUCAACGAGAGGCUGACAGCGCUGGAGCGACGGAUCGAGUACAUCGAGGGGUAACAAAGGGCGAAACUCUCACCUAACUGCAAAAGGCUGGUGGGGAGCUGACCUGGAGAAGACUGUGCGGCUGUGCCAGAAUUCACUGUCAGGCAUCUGAUUUCUUCAUUAUUUCUAUUGGUUAGCAGGACUUCAGCUUGUUUCUGCUCCCUGCGAUGCAGUAUCUCUGCCUUCAGUGCAUUCCUCCAGGGGAAAUUGAUAAAAUGCAAAUGAGCAUGUUGGAUUCAGUGAUUUUAUACAGACAGAUUCAUGCAGCUGUCAAAUACUCCUGUGCCACUUAACCUCUCUCUCAUUCCCAGCUGUGCAUGUAGAACUACGACACUUUGUAGCUGCAGAAUCUCUCUGGCCAAAGGUCACUUUGUGGGAAGAAAACUUCUCUGGGAAGCUGACCGGCUGAGGAAGUGGUUGUCCCUGCUGUUCGUGGGCC